AUGCCCCUCCGCACCCUAACCCCCGCAGCAGCAACAUCCCUCGACGCCGAACUCCUCUCCAAAGGCUCCUUCUCCCUCGACCAAUUAAUGGAACUAGCAGGCCUAAGCAUCGCCCAAGCCCUCUUCAAAUUCUCCCCACCAACAACCACUCCCAACAACACCCGCCGCAGUAAAGUCUUGAUAGCUUGCGGACCGGGAAAUAAUGGCGGGGACGGAUUAGUAGCCGCCCGACAUCUAUUUCUUUUCGGCGGUUAUGAGCCUGUUAUUUGGUAUCCGAAAGCCGGGAAAUCGGAAUUAUUCUCAAGGUUAAGGGCACAAGUUGAGAAUUUGGGGAUGAAAGUUCUUGAAGGGAAAGAAGAAGGGGUGGAGGAAGUAGAGAAAGCAGAUGUGAUUCUCGAUGCGAUUUUUGGAUUUUCUUUCAAGGGGAAUGUUAGGGAGCCUUUUGUGGGGAUUAUUGAGGCGCUUGCGAGGACGGAGAAGAUGGUUCUUGCGGUGGAUGUUCCUAGUGGGUGGGAUGUGGAAAUGGGUCCUCCUAGUGAGGGAUGUGGGAAGGGGUAUAUGCCUUCUGCGUUGAUUAGUUUGACGGCGCCGAAGCCGCUUGUGAGGUUUUUUACGGGGAGGCAUUUUAUUGGGGGGAGGUUUGUGGGGAGGGAGAUGGCGGGGAGGUAUGGGUUUGAUGUUCCUGAGUUUGAGGGGGCGGAGCAGGUUGUUGAGGUUGAGAAUGAGAAUUUCAAGGGUGGGAGGUUGUGA